AUGUCAAAUAAAGGUUACGCCUCCGAUGCGGAGUCUUCUACCCUAGUUCCAUCAUCUCUGAGUGGCGACAUACGUCGAGGUCACUCCUUGGAUACAUCCCUCAAACAAAUGCACGAAGAGUCACCUCUUUUGUCGCCUCAAACUGAAAUCACGGAAGUGGGGCGGUUGAUAUCAUCCAGAGAUUUUGAUCAAGAAUACAUUAUCCCCGAGGAUGGCGAAAAAAAGAGCAUACUAUACAUGAUACUUCUAACAAUUAGCCUUGGCGGCUUACAACUAGCUUGGUCAGUAGAAAUAUCAAACGGAACUCCAUACCUUCUAUCUUUAGGAAUGAGCAAGUCUUUAAUGGCCCUGGUGUGGAUCGCAGGUCCCCUAUCAGGAACGUUGGUGCAGCCAUAUGUCGGAAUGCUUAGUGAUAAAUGCAGGUCUCCAUGGGGGAAGAGAACUCCAUUUAUAAUUAUUGGCUCAGCCGCGACAAUAGUCUCAUUACUAGCAUUGGGCUGGGUUCGAGAAAUAGUUGUCAGCUUCUUCGGAAUAUUUGGCAGCAAUCCUGAGUCACAGUUAGUAAGAAGUAGUGUAUUAAUUCUUGCUGUUAUUUUUGUAUACAUUUUGGAUUUCUCCAUCAACACUGUUCAGGCCGGAAUCAGGGCAUUCAUAUUGGAUUGUUCUCCUAGUAACCAACAAGAAACAGCCAACUCAAUGGCAAGUCGUGCAGUUGGAAUUGGAAAUAUCGUUGGCUAUGUGGCUGGGUUCGUCGAUAUGAAACCCUAUCUAUGGUUUCUCGGGAACUCACAAUUCAAAAUCCUCUGUGCCAUCGCUUGUAUAGCCCUAGCUUUGACAGUAUUGUUGAGUGUAUCCACAAUUAAAGAGCGCGAUCCACGCUUAGAGACUCAAUCGAAUCCGGGGAGAACGGAUUUCCUAACAUUUUUCAAAACUUUUUAUGCCUCCAUUAGACGUCUCCCACCCCUCACUCGAAAAGUAUGCGAAAUCCAAUUCUUCGCCUGGAUUGGUUAUUUUCCCCAACUAUUCUAUUCUUCUUCCUACAUUGGAGACAUAUAUGUACAGCCUUAUCUGAAAGAAAAUCCACAUAUGAGCCUCGCCGAGCUCGACUCUCUAUACGAAAAAGCUACCCGUGUAGGGACUUUAGCGCUUCUCUUUUAUGCCAUCACGUCUCUUAUAACAAAUUUACUGCUCCCGUCUUUUAUCGCGCCCUCCUACGAUAAAUCAUCAGCUACAGCAAUCACCAGCAGGUCGUCGACACAAAUCCUUGUCAUACGUGGAUUCACGCUUCGUCGCGCCUGGCUCUACUCUCACAUCAUAUUUUCCACAUGCAUGUUUAGUACACUAAUUGUGCGUAGUGUUUCUGCUGCUACGGCCCUUAUUAGCAUCGUUGGAAUCUGCUGGGCAUUGACACUUUGGGCACCAUUUGCUAUAAUUUCUGCUGAGGUUAGCAAGCGUGACGCCCUGCGCCGCUCUAGAAUUGCAGCUGCCCGCAGUUCGAGUCAGUUUGACUUAGCUGCAGAUGCCAACGAAGAUCAAGCUGGCGUUAUCCUGGGAAUACAUAAUAUGUCAAUAGCGGCACCACAAAUCUUUGCCACAGUCGGCAGCAGCAUCGUCUUUCGAUUUUUACAAAAACCCCGGGGUACUCCAGGUGAUCAAAGCAUGAGUUUUGUGCUUGCAGCUGGCGGGAUAUUUACGGUAGUGGCAGCGUGGCUUACAAGUCGGAUGGAAAAUGAAAGAAUAGAAGGUGAAAUUAUCGCAGAAACUUGGUCACUUUGA